ACACUGUUUUGUGUGGCUGACUGGCGGGCACAGGAGAGGGUUAGGGGGUUAUUAAACGGUGGCAAUGUGCUCUCUGCCACUGAUGAAAACAUUUCUGCCUCAACUUGUGUUAUCUGCGCGGUGGGUUGUGGGUGUGUGAGCGUCGAAGUAAAAUGGCGGACUUGGCAAACGAAGACAAGCCUGCCAUAGCGCCUCCUGUGUUUGUUUUCCAAAAAGAUAAAGCACAGAAGCGAUCUGCGGAGGGCUCAAGUGCAGAAGAUGGAGAGGAUUCAGACAAAGACGAGGGAACCUAUUGCCCCCCUGUGAAAAGAGAGAGGACCUCAUCAUUCCCACCCCCACAUUCUGUUCCCAAGAACAAUGUAUUCAUGCCCUCAAGUUUCUGCCAGUCUCCGACUGGGAACUCUGACUCUGAGCCAGAGGAGAAACCUGUGGGAUUCCGUUUAAAGCCACCCACUCUCAUACAUGGACAGGCACCGAGUUCAGGCGUCCCAAGUCAGAAACCUAAGGAGCAGCAACGCAGUGUCCUCCGCCCUGCAGUUCUCCAGGCACCACCCUCAAAAUCACAUAUAGAGUCCAAUUCCAGUUGUGGAACCAACGGUGUGAAAAAGUCAUCAGAUGGGGCACCUGUGACCCAGUCCCUCUUCCUGAACAACACAGAGCACUCAGCCACCCUGGCCAAGUCACUGAAACAUGAAAAUGAGGAAGAUGGAGCAAGUGGUAACAAAGAUGGAGGCGGAAGAGAGAAGGAGACAGAUGUAGCAAUAUCUUUUGUGUUUGGUCAGAAUAUCAAAGACAGAGCAAAGUUGGAGGAGAACAGUACGGAAGACAAGUCAAAGGAUGGUGUGCCACCAGACUCUCAAUCAGAGGGCACUAAUUAUUUCUUACAGUACAUCUCUACCCCAAGUUCAAAAAAUGCCACAAACAGUACAGACAGUGGGGCAAAAUUUGUUUUUGGGCAGAACAUGUCGGAACGAGUAUUGAGUCCACCCAAGGGCGAGUCCUCAAACGAGGAAAAUAAAGAGGUUUCAGCUGCCCCUGCUUCAGAGCCCUCAUCACAGGAAACCACCCCAGAGAAGGUGAACAGUGUGUCGGAGUCUUUGGAGGAGUCUGCAGCAGCGUACACCAAAGCCACAGCCAAGAAGUGCAUCUUAGAGAAAGUCGACGUCAAAACUGGAGAGGAGUCGGAAAGCAAUGUUUUACAGAUGCAGUGCAAGUUAUAUGUUUUUGAGAAGACUGCUCAGUCUUGGAUAGAGAGAGGUCGAGGUUUGCUGAGGCUCAACGACAUGGCAUCGACAGAUGAUGGCACGCUACAGUCCCGUCUAGUGAUGAGGACCCAGGGCAGCCUCCGGUUGAUCCUCAACACUAAGCUUUGGCCCCAGAUGCAGGUGGACAAGGCCAGCGAGAAGAGUGUACGAAUCACUGCCAUGGACACAGAGGACCAGGGGGUCAAGGUCUUCCUAAUAUCGGGUAGCUCUAAGGACAUAGGUCAACUGGCUGCAGCGUUACAUCACCGUAUCUUAGCCCUAAAGAGCAGGGCAGAGCAGGAGCCCGAGACCCCAGCAACAACCAUCCCUGAGGCCGAGGUACCGCAGUCCAACGAAGAGGACAGCGACGAGGAAGACAAUGCCUCUGCCUCCGCUUCAGCCUCCACUCCUGCUACAAGUAAUUCAGAGGGAGGAGAGGGCCAGGCAGCGGCAGGAAGCACAUAGCGUCACACUCUCGGACAGCCUGCUAAGAUGCUGCUGUUGAGGCAUUUUGCUGUAGGCAUCUCCAUGGACACCCCUUGACCAAACAUGGUCCUCCAGACCAGUACUUUUGGAUAUUAGAAGUCUAGCUCCAGGAAAUAACCCCCUGUGCCGGAGUGUCUCACCCAACUCGUGCAGUUCAUCUUCUCUGCAUUCAGCGUAAUAUCUGGAGUCGUUUCUUCCCUCCCUCUCCUGUUUUGUGUUUUAUUUUUGUUUUCGAGUAUUUUUUCCUCUCCCCGAUAGCAAAAAUAAAGACUUCAAAGCUUUGGUUUGGGACUUUUCUGCUCAUCAUAUUGAUGAGUGUAAGGGUGUUUUCCUCUACAUUUUAAAGUAUGGCACAUGUUAAGACUGCAGUUUCUACUUUGGGACCUUUUUACUCACUCUACAGCCGUACCUCUGGACGCCACACAUCCAGAGGAGCUUCAUUCACAGUGUAUUUGACUAGUCAUCCAGUUCGAGUCCUACGUCGAGUCCAACCCUUCUACCCUCCAAACCCCCCAACCCCCCAACCCCCAACCCAUCCCAACCCGUCUGUGCGUUAGGUUUUGGCAAAUGUAAUUUAUUUUUGGCCGUCAUUUUUCAUGAGGCAUCUCAACACAUAUGUGCUGUUUGUAAUGGCUAGCCAAGACCACUCAAGUUGUCAUUAAUAGCAGUUUCUUAUAUUUCCUAUUGACCUAUAUUAUAGUGAAUAAAAGACUGAAACAAUGCAGCUUCUGCUAAUGUGAGUUAAUGAUGUGAGGACAAAAGGGCAGAAGGAUUCACCUCAAAUUUGUCUCAAAAUUAAUAAUAUGUGUUAGUCAUUCACCCUUGUGGUUUUUUUAAUGACCUUUUUUUCAAGUCAAGAAAAUUAACUCAUCAGCCUACAUUCUGCAUGCAACUGUUUUUUUUUGUUUGUUUUUUUUUUUCCAGCAUCCCGAGGGUUUAUUGUGUUGAUACAUAUUUUUAUUUUGGAAAAUGUACAAACUUUUUAUUCAUUUACAUUUGGUAAACAUGUUGGAAUGAAGGCUUACUUCAUGUGUGGAAAAUUUGAGUGAUAACUGUAAUACCCUUUGAAUGUCAUGUACAUUUGAAUAUAUCAUUUAGUAGCGCACCAUGUUUUCUCAUCUCCUUCAACUGCCCCCUUUACAAAAUAAACCAUUUUGGACUGAC